GUGCAAUCUGGCAACCCUGAGUCACCCGUGCACUUGUUAGUUAGCGGACUUCACUUCCCGUUUAGCAUUUCCUGCGUCCUGUCGCCAUGAAGUGAUCAUUAACAGCACAUGGAUUCCACUUAGCACGGGUUCUCAACUCAUCCGCUGCUGUGAUUGAUACGACUCGGCCGAGCGUGACGUCCUCAUGUGCAUCAUCUUCUUCAAGUUCGACCCCAGGCCUGUGUCCAAAAACGCCUACAGGCUUAUUUUGGCGUCGAACAGAGAUGAGUUCUACAGCAGGCCGUCCAAAGCUGCCGACUGGUGGGGCAGCGGCAAAGAAAUCCUCAGCGGUUUGGAUAUGGAGGAGGGGAAGGAAGGCGGAUCCUGGCUCGGUAUCAGUAAACGAGGCAAACUGACAGCGCUGACCAAUUACCUGGAACAUAAGCAAAACCCGGACGCCCUGGGGAGAGGGUUUUUGGUGUCAAAUUACUUGACCGAGAACUGGGACAGCUUCUCGUACCUGCGCAAGGUGUCGUCCGAGGGUCCGCAGUACAACGGCUUCAACCUCCUCACUGCUGAAUUCAGAGCCAAUGAGGACACGGUGUGUUACUAUGGAAACAGGGGCAGUCCGGAACCUGUGCGCCUCAAAGCGGCAGGAAUCUACGGUCUCAGUAACUCUCUGUUGGACACUCCCUGGAGGAAGAUGCAGCGUGGUAAACAGCACUUCACCAGUGUGGUGGAUAAAACAUUGCCCCCUGAAGGCCUGGUCCAGGAACUGCUGCAGGUCCUCAACGACGAGGAACUAAACACACCUGACCCCAUGCAGGAGAGUCAAGGUGAAGGCUACAGUAAGGACUGGCUUAAAGUUCUGUCCGCCGUGUGUGUGCGUGCCCCGAGUUACGGCACCAGGACGAACACCAUCAUCCUGAUCGACAGCGAGGAUAACGUCAGCUUCACCGAGCGCACCAUGCUGAACUCUGAUGUCACCCAGUGGAGCACACGGUCCUUCCAGUUCAAGCUGCAGGAAUGAGCGCGCCACACCCGCUGCCACGCGUGCCUUUCUUCACGUUUUCCAUUUUACUCUCAGACUUUUCCUACUAAAGCUGAAGGGAGGGAUUUUUAACUGCCGUUUUCUUCCAGCAAGCAUCUCUGUGUAGUUUCAUGAAUUUGAAGUCGAGGCACCGUCACGCAGCUGAACCAGAACAUGUCUGUGGUAGUGUUGAGUGUUGCACUAAAUGUUGUUUUGGCCAUUUUUAAAAAUAACUACUAUUUAUCAGUAGUGAUGGGAGACUUGAGUAGUGACAGUGAAUAGGUUAGAAUUCUUUGAAGGCUAUCUGCCAAAGAAUCCAGACUUUUUAUUUUGUAAUUAGGAGACAGAAGUGAGUGUUGUUUCAUUAUGGACCUGCUCUGAAUGGUUCAGCUCACAUAUAGCACAACUCAGGAACUGCACAUUCUGUAUGGAGCUCUGAUCACCACAAUAAACUUUAUUUCACCUUCAAUAA